AUGGUACCCUGCUAUGGUGCCCUGCUGAGGUACCCUGCUGUGGUACCCUGCUGUGGUACCCUGCUUUGGUGCCCUAGUGAGGUACCCAGCUAUGGUACCCUGCUGAGGUACCCUGCUAUGGUACCCUGCUAUGGUACCCUGCUGAGGUACCCUGCUAUGGUACCCUGCUAUGGUACCCUGCUGAGGUACCCUGCUAUGGUACCCUGCUAUGGUACCCUGCUGAGGUACCCUGCUAUGGUACCCUGCUAUGGUACCCUGCUAUUGUACCCUGCUGAGGUACCCUGCUAUGGUACCCUGCUAUGGUACCCUGCUGAGGUGCCCUGCUAUGGUACCCUGCUGAGGUGCCCUGCUGAGGUGCCCUGCUAUGGUACCCUGCUGAGCUCCAUCCCUCUCCCCCCACCUCUUGCUUUCCCUCUCCAGGCCCAGCUGAUAGCCCAGUCUAUAGGCCAGGCCUUCAGUGUGGCGUACCAGGAGUUCUUGAGGGCCAAUGGCAUCAACCCAGAGGAUCUGAGUCAGAGAGAAUACAGUGAUCUGCUCAACACUCAGGACAUGUACAAUGAUGACCUCAUACACUUCUCCAAGUCUGAGAACUGCAAAGAUGUUUACAUUGAGAAGCAGAAGGGUGACAUUCUGGGCGUGGUGAUUGUGGAGAGUGGGUGGGGCUCCAUCCUGCCCACAGUCAUCAUCGCCAACAUGAUGCAUGCUGGUCCAUCUGAGAAGUCUGGUCAUCUGAACAUCGGAGACCAGAUCAUGUCUAUCAACGGGACCAGUCUGGUAGGACUACCCCUGUCUACCUGCCAGACUAUCAUUAAGGGUCUGAAGAACCAGUCUCGUAUCAAGCUGAACAUCGUAAGGUGUCCCCCCGUAACCACGGUGCUCAUCAGACGACCUGACCUCAGAUACCAGCUGGGCUUCAGCGUACAGAAUGGCAUUAUCUGCAGCCUUAUGCGAGGGGGCAUCGCUGAGAGGGGAGGAGUCAGGGUUGGCCACCGCAUCAUCGAGAUCAACAGCCAGAGCGUAGUGGCCACACCCCACGAGAAGAUUGUCCACAUCCUGUCCAACGCCGUGGGAGAGAUCCACAUGAAGACGAUGCCAGCUGCCAUGUACCGCUUGCUAACUGCCCAGGAGCAACCCGUUUACAUCUAGAACCGACCUCACCUUCUGACUCUAUCCUGACCCCUAUUAUCACUGCACCCUCUGUGUGUGAGGAAAUUCCUCCCCCUCUCCCCAAACCCCAGCUCACCAUUGGAGAAUGAAGCUUAUAUAGCCUUAUGAGUGGCCCUGACCUAUCAUGUGCUCUAGAUUACUCUCCAAUCCGAUUGUUUUGCUGUGGAGAGUAGAGGUGGGCUGUACCAGACAGCUCUCUCUCUCUCUCUCUCUCUCUCUCUCUCUCUCU